UGUAAAGGCAGAGAGUAUACUGAUUUCGUAUAACACCUAGACCGAUACGUACUGACGGAAAAAGACAAUUCGAAUCAUGGCUGAUGCAUUAAAGAAUGUUAUUGCUCAGAGUCUAGAGUGUCCUGUAUGUCUGGAUACCUUCACCGAUCCCAAGAUCCUGUCUUGUUCCCACACCUACUGCACGAUCUGUCUGGACAACCUCUUGGAAUGCCAUGGUAACGACCAGAUGCUCCGAUGCCCUGUCUGCAGAGCUGAAACACAGGUCCCAAACCAAGACGUCAGCAAAUUACCGGCAAAUCUGGCUCUGAAGUCUCUCAUUGAAGACAUGAAGAAUCAAUAUCAAUAUUGCACGAGUUGUAAAUCCGAGGAAAAACCCCAAGCUGUUGUCUACUGUCAAGACUGUGGCAAGUAUUUCUGUAGCACUUGCCAUAACACACAUUCUCAGUGGCCAGGCUUCAUCACUCAUGAGGUCUUAGCCAUGACUGAGAUCGUAUCAGGGAAGAUGUCAGUACGUAGAUACCGUAAAUGCAGGAAACACCCCAAAGAGGAUGAGGAGUGCUUCUGUUCCGACUGUAGGAGAUUUGCCUGCUUCAAGUGUGUUGUCAUGGAGCAUACAAACGUAGGACAUCAGAUCAUCGAGGUAGCUGUUUAUGAAUGCAACCAUAUGAAGAGUAUCGAGGACCUCAAAUCCAAGGCGAACAAGAAACGCUCUUGCUUCAGAAAUACGUUGAUUUCAUUGAUGAACAGAAGGAGCGUGUGA